CUUUUAUCUAUUGAUCGAGUAUAUAAAUACAUACACUAUAAUACUGGCUGUUACAGAUGACAAUAUCAAUGAGACAGAAACACAUUAUAUACAAAAUACAUCUCUAUGUGUAUGUUGAUAACUUAUAUGGCUCAAAUGAAGAUACUUAUCUUAGAAAUGGAUAUAUUAUAUAGGUCUACUCAAAUUAUUUUGAUAAAAAAAAACUUAAUCCGUUUAAAUUAACGAUGUUAAGUUUGUAAUACAUUAUUACAGACAACAAUGAAAAUAUAUAUUGCUUUUGCAUUGCUUAGUCGAAUAUAAGAACUCAGUUAUUCAAAAGUUAUCUUCAAAACCCAUUAUUAAACAAUAUGGAAGACAGCAACUUUACCAGUAGAAAUUGCUCCCCUGAAGAAGUCGAUCCAAGUGCAAGGGAUGAUCCCUUUCAACACAUUAUCGCAAAAGCCGGUAAUCAUGGUCGCUUUCAACGGAUUUACAACAUAACAUUUAUUAUGGGUCUAACAAUUGCUGCUGCCAUGAUUUAUAUGAAUAUAAUUUUAGUGUUAAAUAUUCCAGACCAUUGGUGUACAGUGCCGGGUAGAGAGUAUACGAAUCUUUCUUUAAGCGAAUGGCGAGAGCUGACAUUGCCCUUGAGGAAAUAUAAUCGAGGUACACAAAAAUAUAGCAGCUGUCUAAUGUUUGAUGAGGAUUUUACAGAAAUUGAUGAUUGGGAAAAAUGGAACUCAACACUUGCAAAUGUAACAGCGUGCAAAUACGGCUGGAGUUAUGAUCAGACUUGGUUUAAAAGUACUAUACCAACACGAGAAAAUUGGAUAUGUUCGAAAGAUAUGUAUGUAACAAAUGUUUUCGUGGUCGGACGUGUUACCGAGGUAGCAGGCUCGUUUCUACUUGGGCAAAUGGGUGACAUUUUUGGUCGUCGUAUUGUUUAUUACAUCAGUGUAGUAUUUUGCCCCUUUGGCAGACUUUCAUCAAUUUUGACGACAUCUCAUUAUUUUUGGUUUCAAGUUCUUUCCAGUUUGACAUCUUUGUCUAUUAAUAGCGUUUUUCAAUCACCACAUAUAAUCGGCAUGGAAAUAUCAAGGGAAGAAGAUCGUAGUGCAGUUGCCAUGUAUCAUAAUAUGGGCUGGUCAAUUGGCAUAAUUAUAGUACCUUUACUAUUUUGGUGGCAACGUGAUUGGGAAUCGUUUAUGUGGAUCUCAACGAUACCAACAGCAUUAUUCUUAAUAUUUUCUAGUUAUGUCAUUGAAUCACCGCGUUGGUUGAUUAACAAGAAACGUUUUGGUGAUGCUAUUAAACAAUUUAAGAAAAUUGCUAAAAUCAAUGGUCGCAAAUUCGAUAUGACGGAAAAGGAAUUGGCACAAAUUUACUCCAAAACCAAACAAGAGUUUACAUAUGGUUUUGCUUCUUUGUUUAGUGGUUGGCGUUUGGCUAGCAAUACUUCGAUAAUGGGGUUUUCAAGGUGCGUUAUUACCAUUUCGUACUUUACUAUAAUUUUGUUCAGUUCUGCCAUGAGCGGAAAUCCUUACUUAAAUUUUCUACUGCAAAGUUUAGCAGAAAUGCCAGCUUAUUUUAUUGGAAAAUAUAUGGGUGAUAAAUUUGGGCGUCGUUUUACUAAUAGCUUAUCAUUUUUUAUCUCAUUCCUCACCUGUUUACCAAUAAUAUUUUUGGCUACCGAGGAAAAGUAUCAGUUUACUGUAAUGUGUUUGGCUUCAUUUAUUAAAUUCUUAAAUGCGUUGACAUUCUUUACGGCCACGUUACAGGGCAUGGAGAUAUAUCCCACCUGUAUGCGUCAGACUGGUUGUGCUUUUGGCACGAUUUUGGCGAAUUCCGCUGGUUUUUAGUUUUAACUAAGAUAUGCUUAAUAUUGA